AUGUCAAGAACAAGUACAUGCUGUCGGGGAUCCCCUAUCUUGGGAAGCAGAGGACACGGGCGACAGACGGGCAAGGACCUGACCUUUCACCAAGGACCUGACACAGCGCUACCACAACACCAACAGGAAUGCAACAACCGGCAAUUGGUUCACCUGUGUGCCCCUCAUCCAGGAUAUGCUGCAAAAUUGUGGGAUGACGCUGAAUGGGACAGUCAGGUGAAACAAGUCAGAGAUACCAGAAGAGAUAAAGGACAAGACCACACGGGCUCCAGUUUCCAGUGCCUUCUUGUUCACGAAGGACAUGACACUGGUGUCGUAUGUGCCCAAAACUCCUUCCAGCAAGAAAAUUGUCCUCCUCGUGUAUUCAAUGCAGUGGAAAGCCAACUACAUCGAGGACUACAACAGGACGAAAGGCGGAGUGGACACUUUAAACCAAAUGUGUGGUCAAUAUUCGUGCGGCAGGAAGACUAA